GGUGGGCGGAGCCGUGACCCAGGAGAGACUCUGGACCAGAGAAAGACGGAGAUCAGAAGCGGCCGCUCAAAAGACAGUUUUCACUGCUCCACAGCUAACGCCAACGACGCUCUCUCCCUGUCUGUCGGUCCAAAACACCGGACAAACAGACCCGCCACGGGUUGGAGCACUGUGACGCACGCGCGACCUCAGGCCGAGCGCUCCCUCCACAUCUCGCGAGAGCAUGGCUCCAGAUCUCGCGUGAGUGAUUCUUGGUUCCCCGGCUGAAAGUACCAAGCGCGGGUUUCCAAGGCGGGCGUUUCUGCUGUUGGCGUCUUCCUACAGGAGUUUUUUAUAUUGAAGACAAUGUCUGGAAGCUUCUACUUUGUAAUUGUUGGCCACCAUGAUAAUCCAGUUUUUGAAAUGGAAUUUUUGCCACCUGGGAAAGCAGAAUCCAAAGAUGAUCACCGUCAUCUGAACCAGUUUAUAGCCCAUGCUGCUCUUGACCUUGUGGAUGAAAACAUGUGGCUUUCUAAUAACAUGUACUUAAAAACUGUGGACAAAUUCAAUGAGUGGUUUGUAUCGGCAUUUGUCACUGCAGGACAUAUGAGAUUUAUUAUGCUUCAUGAUGUGAGGCAAGAAGAUGGAAUAAAGAACUUCUUUACUGAUGUCUAUGAUUUAUAUAUAAAGGUCAUAUCAAUCAUACUACCAUUGGUUAGCUGCGAGUACUUUUCAAAACGAAAAUACUGGAAUACAGAAUUCCUGAAGAGGUGCCAGGUAAGGUGAUGCAUGUCUAUGAUCCCAGCACUUGGGAGGUAGAACGGGAAGACCAACAAUUCAGAGCCAGUCUCAGAUAUUCGGUGAGUUUGAGGCUGCUUUGGAUUGACCCUAUCUCAGACAAACAGGUGUGGUAGCUUACGCCUGAAUUCCAAGACUUAUGAUUCAGGAAUGAUUACAGUGAAUUUAAUGCUAGUCUGUGUUAGAGUUCAAGGCCAGGCCAGGUUACAGAAUGAGAAACUUGAAAAUUUUUCUUUAAGGGGGCAUUUUGUUGUUUAUUUUUAAGAUUAUUGCUGAUUUAUUUGUGGGGGCUCGGGAGAGGUGGCACCUGCCAUGGUUUACAUAAUGGAGAGAGUUCAAGGUAGCUUGCAGAAAUCAACUCUCUUUUCACCACUCGCGUCCUGGGGAUGGAAGCCUGGUUGUCAGCUUGCCUUUAGGCACUGAGCCAUUUUAUUUUAUUUUAUUUUAUUUUAUUUUAUUUUAUUUUAUUUUAUUUUUGAGAUAGUCUCCUGUAGCCCUACCUGGCCCUGAACUCACUAUGCUGCUAAAGCUAUCCUUGAAUCCUGAUCCUCCUGCACCUCCCAAAUGCAGAAAUUGCAAGGGUAUGCACCCACACCUGGCUAAGAUGUUACAAUUUAACAGUGGGUAUCCUUUGAGAAGCCCACACAAAUGCCAUGGGUGCGCCUUACUUCCUGGGUGUCUCUUUCCCCUUAACCCUCAUAAUUACAGUCUAUAUUUAAGUUCCCUUUUAAAAUCCCAAUUCUGCUUCUAAAAAAAAAAUAACAAUAGAACACUUUCAAUGAGAAUUAAAAAUGAGACCUAGACUUUUGUCUUUGCUAAAUUUUAACUGAAAAUGUAAAUUUCCUUUAGCAACUGUAAUUCAUGAGCCUCUUUGCUUUAACAGGCUUACUAAUACCUUCUUCUUUCCUAGUUUGCAAUGAAUCCAUUUUAUGAACCCAAUUCUCCUAUUCGAUCAAGUGCAUUUGACAGGAAAGUCCAGUUUCUUGGGAAGAAACACCUUUUAAGCUAAAUGGAGAAAAACUCUGAAAUAAACAGUAUCACUGUCGUGGGCUAUACUCAGGAAUGUGUGGGCUGUAAGUAAUUUGAAAUAGCCUGGAAAACUUUCACUUAAAAUUGUACAUUGUUUUCAUGUUGAUUAUCAGCAUUAAUAUUUGCUUGUCGAGUGUUAUAUAUAAAGAAUUCUUUACCAGUAAUUUAAACAUUUAUUUAAAAGCUUGAGAAUGAACUCUUGCCUUUCCUGAUUGAGAUAAUUUGAUCUUAACUUAUUAAAUUCAAAAGCAAAUGUCAUAGUUAAUAUUUGUUAGAUUUAAAACUAAAAGCUUCUGCAGACAUGAAUGAAAUUAUUUAUACUUUUAGAGAUAUUCUUUUUAAAUGCAUAAUACACUAUAGUACCAAGAAGCUGAAGCAGAAAGCCUCUGCCAUACCAAGUGUUACUUGCCUACCUGCCUGUCGGGCUGAGAAUAGUGAUCCUGCUAUUAUGACUCUCUAUCCUAGACCCAUGUACACUGCAUCAGUUACAGGCCACUGCAAAAUGUAUUGCCUCUGUUACCUUAUAUUCCUGUUUCCUUUCUCUUAAUAAACUAAAAGUUGAAUGUACUUGUAUCUGUACUUUAAAAUGUAAUACAGCUUUGGUAUUACUAAUAAAAGCCUGAGUUACACUGACAUUUGUAGUUAGCCUUUUAGACAGUAUACAGAGUGGGAGGUGGCAGAUGUGGCUUCUAUAAGAAAUGUUGGUUUGAUUUUACAAUAGUAUAUAUGCGUGGAAAAUCAGGUAAACCAGCUUUUCAUGUACACACUGGGAGACUUUUCCAUUCUCAUUUUUGAGUAAGCAGUUCUAACAGCCUUCUUGGAUCUUUUUGUGAAGUUGUUACCAUCACUCUUUGAGUUCUUACAUAAAAACUUACAUUCAAGAUUGUAGUAGUUAGAUGCCUAUUUCUAAAAUGCAGCCCAACACCAAUACUUUUUACCCAUUUCCCUACUGAUGUCUGAAAACUAACAUGCUAGGUACAUCUCACCCAAUUUAACAGCUCAGAUCACAGACCACCUCUCAACUAGCUGUCAAAGGCACAGGAGGUGUUACUCAGUUAAGAGUAUCUUCUGUUCUUGCAAAUGACCCAGGUUGGCUUCCCAGUAGCUAGGCGGAGCAGUUCUAGAAGGAUCCAGUGACUCUGACCUCCUUGAGCACCUGUACUUACAGGCACAUACUAUUAAAAAUAUUUUUUUAAAAAUUUGAACAAUGCUAAUAGGAGAGACCCAAGUAUGUACUUAUCAUAUACCACUUGUUUCACCCUCAAUGAGCACAGAACCCACACCCAGGGAGGUGCUAUAAUUCCAGACAAACAAACAGCAUCAUAUUAUAGCAUGAAGUCAAGGGUGAGACUUGGUUUCUAGCCCCAGAGAGCAAGAGGUUACCUUGCAAAGAGCCUUCCUUUUCUUCAGGCUUAGGAGGGCAAGAUGGGAGCUAGGACCAUUCACUUUGUGUGAGUAUAUUGCCAAAGUUAAGUACAAAUUUUCAGUGUGACUGUCAAGUAG